CUCUAUAUUUUUUUAAUUUUUAAUUUAUUUCUUAAUUUGAUUUUUGGACUGCUCUAUAGUGUCUAUAUACAUACAUUUCGCACCAUUAUCAACACUCUCUCUCUCCAGCUUUGCUUCACUUCUAAUCAUCUCAAACCUAACUUGUGUUUAUAUAUCAAUCUCUAUGCGUUAGAGUUUCUUGGGUUGGGUUGGGUUGUUGUUUGAUUUGGGAAUGAUGGAGCAACAACCGGCGCAGGAGGGAGGAGCUUUGGUGGUGGCGCCGCCGGCGCCGGCGCCUCCGAAACGGACGUUGGCGCCGCCGACGUCGCUCGCGCCCGGGUUCCGGUUUCACCCAACGGACGAGGAGCUCGUAAGGUACUACCUCCGACGCCGGGCAUGCGGCAAAUCUUUCCGCUUUCAAGCUGUUUCUGAAAUCGACGUCUACAAAUCUGAACCGUGGGAACUCGCAGGAUAUUCACAUCUGAAGACUAGAGAUCUAGAAUGGUACUUUUUUAGCCCUGUAGAUCGUAAGUACGGGAAUGGGUCUCGGCUCAACAGAGCCACUGGUAAAGGCUAUUGGAAGGCCACUGGGAAGGAUCGUCCUGUCCGUCAUAAGUCUCAGACAGUAGGAAUGAAGAAAACGCUCGUUUUCCAUUGUGGACGAGCUCCAGAUGGAAAGAGGACGAAUUGGGUUAUGCACGAGUAUAGACUCACCGAUAAUGAAUUAGUGGAAGCUGGGGUAACUCAGGAUGCUUUUGUGCUAUGUAGAAUUUUUCAAAAAAGUGCUUUGGGACCUCCUAAUGGCGAUAGAUAUGCACCCUUUGUCGAGGAAGAGUGGGAUGAUGAUACGGCUCUUGUGGUUCCCGGAGGUGUAGCCGAAGAUGAUGUAGGCAAUGGUGAUGAUGCACGAGUUGAUGGCAACGACCUUGACCAGGUUGGUGCUCUAUGCAAGGCUCCCGAGAGUCCAGUCGAACCAUUGUCCCUUUCAUUUGUUUGCAAAAGAGAGAGAUCGGAGGAUCCUGAACCCCUCUCUCUGGCCCAAAGCAAAAGAUCGAAGCAGGAUUGCCCUAGCUCAAGCCAUGCAAAUGGGUCGGAAGAUUCGACUACCACAAGCCAGGAUCCUCCAACCAUGAUGAUGACGACAAAUGAUUCCCCCGUUCUCUUAGAAUUCCCCCUGUUGGACCCCAUUGAACCCAGGGAGAACCAGCCCAGCAACGCCCCUACUUUUGAUUCCUCCACCCUCGAGAAAUCAGUGCCUCCUGGAUACCUCAAGUUCAUUAGCAACUUGGAGAACGAGAUCCUGAACGUGUCCAUGGAGAGGGAGACACUGAAGAUUGAAGUAAUGAGGGCACAAGCCAUGAUCAACAUCCUUCAAUCGCGCAUCGACCUUUUGAACAAGGAGAACGAGGACCUUAGACGAGUUGUCCGAGGGGGUUAGCUAGUAGAGCCGCAUUUCCUAUUUGCUAGCUUUUUGUAGCUCUACAUGACAUCGAUCUCAGAUGGCAUCAGGAAGUGGAAGACGAUGAGCAAAGCGAUGCUGGAGAUGUUCGUUCUACUUCAUCUGUCGACAACUCUGUAAUAUCUGUGUAAUAGUUGACUGAGUACAUGAAACCAGAUGUGCCAGUAGCUAUGAAUAUAAGCAGCAGUGUUUCCUGAACAGUUGCAAUAAUCCUCAGAUGUUUCAAUCUUUUUAGCUGAAA